UGGGAAUCGCAGCUACGGUUCUUAGACAUUAGGUUGCGCGCCAUCGUUCCAGGCGGUCGCACAUUCCACGUGCCAUAGCCGUAACCAAAACCUGCCAGCCGUUCAAAGCCAAACUCAAAUAAUAAUAAAAAAAAAAAAAAAACGAACCGAAACUGCCAUCACAAAGUACCUAAAGCCAAUCUAAAUAGCUGCCAAAAGAAACCAAAACCGCCGUUCCCCGGAAAAUAGAUGAUGGGAUCGCCGGGAUCCCAAGCGUCCGCGAUCGCGACCUCGAUCGGAAUCAGAAGCGGGCGAAGGGGUCAAGCGGGUUCCCUGCUCCUGCGCCUCCUUGUCGUGACGUUCGUCCUUGCCGCCUGCCACGCCCCGCUAACAAAUGCCAAGCAAAUUGCACAACUUGGCGAUGACCAAGAUUUUAUGCUGGCAGAUGAUGUGUCGCUUCAGGGCAUCAACGAUUCCGAGUGGCAGGCCCCGAGUGAUGACAUGGAUGAUGAUGACGACGCCUCUCUGGACGACUUCGAUGAGACACUAAAACCCUUGGAGGACAAGUCCGAGGAAAAGGACUUGCCUACUGGCAACUGGUUCAGCCAGAGUGUCCACCGUGUUCGCCGUUCCAUAAAACGUUUGUUUGGCAAAGACGAUAAUGACGAUCAGGAGCGGGAACAACAACGAAAACGUGAACGGUCGCAAAGGAGUCGCGAUGCGAUUAAUCGGCAAAAAGAGUUGCGCCGCAAACAAAAGGAGAGUCAGAACCAAAUUAAGCAAAUGCGAAUGGAGCGCCAGCUGGAGAAACAGCGCCUGGCCAAACGGGCCAAUCAUGUUGUCUUCAACCGCGCCACCGAUCCUCGCAAGCGGGCAUCGGACCUCUACGACGAGAACGAGGCAUCCGGUUACCACGGGGAGGAGGAUACCGUUCCCUAUACUACCAACUUCGUCGUUAACGAACCUUAUAGCAACGAAUACAGAGAUCGGGAAAGCGAUCAGUUCCAGAACCUGCAAAAACUUCUGGACGAUGAUUUGCACAGCUUCUUCCAAAGCAACUACGAAGGCAACGAUGACGAGGAGCAGGAAAUUCGCACCACUCUGGAGCGCGUUGAACCCACCAAAGAUAACUUCAAAAUUCGCGUACAACUCAGGGUAGAGCUGCCCAAUUCUAUCACCGACUUCGGAAGCAAGUUGCAGAAGCAACUGAAUGGCUACAAUAAGAUCGUUCACUUGAGUGCCGAAACCGGUGGCAUCUUUUCCUUCGCAGAAGCCAGUGAAGUGACAGAAGAAUCAGUACAACCUGGAUCAAACCUGGAUCAGCCCGAAAGGCGUUCAGAAUUCUUCAAUGUGCCCGAUACAGCAAAUCCAGUUUCUGCGACAAAAGCACACUUCAAUAUCCGAGAUUUCGAGGAAGAGCCAAUCGAUGUUCCAUUUGGCAAGGAUGAGGUUGAGGGCUCUGGUAGCGAUGUCUCCGGCUGUCGCGGAGACUCCACCUUCACUUGUUACCGAACCGGAAAGAAAAUUUGCGAUGAAAUGCGAUGCGAUGGUGUGACCCAAUGUCCCGACGGCGAGGACGAAGAGUACUGCAAUGUUUGCACUGAAGAUCAGUUCAAGUGCGACGAUAAGUGUCUGCCCCUCCAAAAACGCUGCGAUGGAACUAUCGAUUGUGAGGAUCAGACCGACGAGGCUGGCUGUAUUUAUGAGCAAGGUCCUGAGGCAGAGCCUGAACCAGAGCCUAAACCAGAGCCUGAACCUGAACCAGAGCCGGAACCGGAGCCCGAACCAGAGCCUGAACCUGAACCCCAAGACCCGGAAACCAAUGAGUGCCAGACCAACGAGUUUAGAUGCAAUAAUGGAGACUGCAUCGAUGCCAGAAAGCGUUGCGACAACGUUUCGGAUUGUAGCGAAGGCGAGGACGAGAACGAGGAGUGCCCCGCCGCCUGCAGCGGAAUGGAGUACCAAUGUCGCGACGGCACACGCUGUAUCAGUGCCAGUCAGCAGUGCGACGGUCACUCCGAUUGCAGCGACGGCGACGACGAGGAGCAUUGCGACGGAAGUGGCUAUGAUAGCGAGGAAUGUCGGUUUGAUGAGUUCCGUUGCGGGACUGGUGAGUGCAUACCAAUGCGUCAGGUGUGCGAUAACAUCUACGAUUGCAACGAUUAUGCCGAUGAGGUUAACUGCGUCGAAGGCGAAGAGCAGGAUAGUGUGGGCAUACCCAUUGGCCACCAACCGCGAAGGCCAGCGCCCAAGUACGACGACUGGCUGCACGAAAUGGACGCCAACGAGUACCACGUGUACCAGCCAAGUAAUGUCUAUGAGAAGGCCAAUUCACUGAAUCCGUGUGCCAGCAACCAAUUCCGCUGCACCACCUCGGAUGUUUGCAUCCCGCUGCAUUUGCGCUGCGAUGGCUUCUAUCAUUGCAAUGAUAUGAGCGACGAGAAGUCCUGCGAGCAGUAUCAGCGUCACACCACCACCCGACGCCCUACGACCUUGCCCGCAACCAGCAGCACAUUCACCACCCAGGGCCCAGGUCUUCUGGAGCGUCGCAAUACCACCACCACCACCACCAGAGCCACCGAAGCAACGCAAUGGCCAUGGGCAACGAAACCGACAACCACCGCGACCACGACUUCUAACCCAAUAACAACAGUUGGCGUAGCGAAAAACAACAAACAAACAUAUGAUAUAGGCGGCUCAGCCCAGACAUGCCUCGAAAACAUCGAAUUCGCGUGCCACAAUCACGAUUGCAUUCCGAUUGAGAGCGUCUGCGAUGGCAUGCCCGACUGCGGACGCAAUGAAGACGAGGACGACGCUCUGUGCAAGUGCAGCAGCGACAAGUACAAAUGCCAGCGCGGCGGAGGCUGCAUUCCCAAAUCCCAGGUGUGCGAUGGCAAACCUCAAUGCCACGACCGCAGCGAUGAGAGUGCAUGUCACCUCCAUGGAAGAUUGAAUAAGACUCGUUUGGGGGUUCAGUGCCAGGAGAGCCAGUAUCAAUGUGGCGAUGGAAGCUGCAUCUCCGGCUACAAGCGCUGCAAUGGCAUCCACGAUUGCGCCGAUGCCUCCGACGAAUACAACUGCAUCUACAACUACGAAGACACCUACGACACCGACCCGGACAACAAUCCAUUGAAUGAAUGUGAUAUCCUUGAGUUUGAAUGUGACUACACUCAGUGUUUGCCGCUAGAGAAGAAAUGCGAUGGCUAUGCAGACUGUGAAGACAUGAGCGACGAGCUCGAAUGUCAGUCGUACACAGCCACCACCCGACUUAAGCCAAGCGACUGCAGUCCGGAUCAGUUCUACUGCGAUGAGUCGUGCUACAAUCGCUCCGUUCGAUGCAAUGGGCACUUGGAAUGCUCUGAUAGCAGUGAUGAGGUGGGCUGCACCAUGAAGUCACUGCCAUGUCCGCAGCACCAGUGUCCCAGUGGCAGGUGUUAUUCGGAAAGUGAGCGAUGCGACCGCCACCGACACUGCGAGGACGGCUCCGAUGAGGCCAACUGUACUGCCAUCCUGUGCAAGGAUAAUGAGUUCCUCUGCUUCGAUCGUCAGUUUUGCAUAAAUGCAACGCAGCAAUGUGAUGGCUACUACGACUGCCGAGAUUUUUCCGACGAGCAGAACUGCAUUGGCUGCUACGCAAAUCAAUUCCGUUGCAACAAUGGUGACUGCGUUUCCGGAUCGGCUCCCUGCAACGGCUACUCCGAGUGCAGUGACCACUCCGAUGAGCUCAACUGUGGCGGAGCCCAGGAGUGUCUACCCAACCAAUUCCGCUGCAACAGUGGCCAGUGUGUGAGCUCCUCGGUGCGAUGCAACGGGCGAACCGAUUGCCAGGAUAGCUCCGAUGAACAAAAUUGCGGUCAUCGCCAUCCAGAGGGAACCACUGGAGUUUUCACCACCACCACCUCGACUAGCACCACCGCCAUGACACCACUGCGAAUCAUCUGCCCGCCAACCACAUUUAAAUGCGAAAAUGGUCCCUGUAUUUCGCUGGGUCUCAAAUGCAAUGGCCGCGUUGAUUGUCCAUAUGAUGGUAGCGAUGAGGCGGAUUGUGGUCAAAUCAGCAACGACAUCGAUCCCGCUGACAACAGUAACGAUCGCCGAUCGAACCAACUGAAUCUCAAGACCUAUCCCGACAGCCAGAUCAUCAAGGAGAGAUAUAUUAGGGAGGGUCGCGAGGUCAUCUUCCGUUGCCGCGAUGAAGGACCCGCUCGCGCCAAGGUCAAGUGGUCCCGCCCCGGCGGACGACCUCUGCCACCUGGUUUCACCGAUCGAAACGGCCGCCUGGAGAUUCCGAACAUUAGGGUCGAGGAUGCCGGCACUUAUGUUUGCGAGGCUGUGGGCUAUGCCAGCUAUAUUCCCGGCCAGCAGGUCACCGUAAACCUCAACGUCGAGCGCUCCUGGGGCGAAAACAAGUACGAGGAGCUACGUUCGAAUCGCAUACGCUAUGGAACUGUGCCGCACAUCGAUCUAGAGUUCUUCGGACUAGCCUGUACGGAAUACCAGGCCACCUGCAUGAACGGCGAAUGCAUUGACAAGUCGUCCAUCUGCGAUGGAAAUCCCGACUGCUCGGACGCCUCCGAUGAGCAAAGCUGCAGCUUGGGUCUCAAGUGCCAGCCCAACCAGUUCAUGUGCUCGAAUUCCAAGUGCGUGGAUCGCACCUGGCGAUGCGAUGGCGAGAAUGACUGCGGGGAUAAUUCCGAUGAGACUUCAUGCGAUCCGGAGCCAAGUGGCGCUCCGUGCCGAUACAAUGAGUUCCAGUGCCGCAGUGGUCAUUGUAUACCCAAGAGCUUCCAGUGCGACAAUGUUAAUGAUUGCACAGAUGGUACCGAUGAAGUUGGAUGCAUGGCACCCUUGCCAAUCCGCCCGCCACCGCAAUCGGUUGCUCUGUUGGAGUACGAGGUGCUCGAGCUCACUUGCGUGGCCACCGGAACCCCAACUCCAACAAUCGUGUGGCGUCUGAACUGGGGUCAUGUGCCCGAUAAGUGCGAGUCAAAGAGCUACGGUGGAACCGGAACACUCCGUUGUCCGGACAUGAGGACGCAGGACAGUGGAGCAUACUCAUGCGAAAUUAUUAACACACGCGGCACGCACUUUGUGAACCCGGACACCAUUGUUACCGUGACCCCCGUGCGUACAGAUGUGUGCGAAGCUGGAUUCUUCAAUAUGUUAGCCCGCAAAUCGGAUGAGUGCGUCAAGUGCUUCUGUUUCGGAGUGGCUAAGGCAUGCGACAGUGCCAACCUAUUUACGUAUGCCAUCCACCCGCCGAUCAUGUCACACCGCGUUGUCAGUGUCGAACUGAGUCCCAUUCGACAGAUUGUGAUCAAUGAGGCAGCCCCAGGACAGGACCUGCUUACCCUGCUCCAUGGCGUUCAGUUCAGGGCCACCAAUGUUCACUUCAGUGGCCGGGAGACGCCCUAUUUGGCCUUACCCACAGAGUACAUGGGCAACCAGUUGAAGUCGUAUGGCGGAAAUCUGCGCUACGAGGUUAACUACAGCGGCAGUGGAAGGCCCGUCAAUGGCCCAGAUGUAAUCAUCACUGGCAAUCGCUUUACCCUAACCUAUCGCGUUCGCACUCAGCCGGGACAAAACAACAGGGUUAGCAUUCCAUUUGUGCCAGGUGGCUGGCAAAAGCCCGAUGGUCGCCGGGCGUCGCGUGAGGAGAUCAUGAUGAUUCUGGCCAAUGUGGACAAUAUCCUGAUUCGACUCGGCUACCUGGAUAGCACCGCUCGCGAAGUGGAUCUUAUAAAUAUUGCUUUGGAUUCGGCAGGCACUGCCGAUAAGGGACUGGGUAGUGCCUCGCUCGUGGAGAAGUGCACGUGCCCACCUGGUUAUGUUGGUGAUUCGUGUGAGUCCUGUGCCUCCGGUUAUGUGAGGCAGCCCGGUGGACCUUGGUUGGGUCACUGUGUGCCGUUCAUCCCCGAGCCCUGUCCAUCCGGAACCUAUGGAGAUCCCCGUCGCGGUGUGCCCUGCAAGGAGUGUCCGUGCCCACUAACCGGCAACAAUAACUUUGCCAGCGGCUGUCAACAGAAUCCUGAUGGCGACGUGGUUUGCCGUUGCAAUGAGGGCUACACGGGCAGGCGGUGCGAACAGUGCGCCGCUGGAUACCAGGGCGAUCCAUUGGCUGCGGGAGGAGUUUGCCGCAGAAUACCCGAUACUUCCUGCAAUGCGGAUGGCACCUAUUCCACCUACAGCAAUGGAACCUGCCAGUGCAAGGAUAGCGUAAUUGGCGAACAGUGCGACACUUGCAGGCCAAGGAGUUUCCACCUCAAUUCGUUCACCUAUACCGGUUGCAUUGAGUGCUUCUGCAGUGGAGUGGGCUCGGAUUGCGAUAGCAGCACGUGGUAUCGCGAUCAAGUAACAAGCACCUUUGGACGUUCGCGCGCCGAUCAUGGAUUUGCUUUGAUCACUAACUACAUGCAAACUACGCCAGACACCGUACCUGUCUCCAUGGCCGCCGAGCCCCACGCGUUGAGCUUUAUAGGAUCGGCUGAGCAAGCUGGAAAUACGCUAUACUGGAGUCUGCCAGCCGCGUUUCUGGGUAACAAGCUUUCCUCAUAUGGAGGCAAGCUGACUUACACCCUAAGCUACAGUCCCCUGCCCAACGGAAUUAUGUCGCGGAACAGUGCCCCAGAUGUGGUGAUCAAGAGUGGCGAGGAUCUAAGGCUCAUUCAUUAUAGGAAGACACAGGUUGUCCCCAGUGUGGCCAACACCUAUUCGGUGGAAAUCAAGGAGAGUGCCUGGCAGCGCGGCGACGAAGUCGUGGCCAACCGUGAGCACGUUCUGAUGGCCCUUAGCGAUAUUACGGCCAUCUACAUUAAGGCCACAUAUACCACUAGCACCAAGGAGGCCUCGCUGCGCAAGGUGACUUUGGACGUUGCCACACCCACGAAUCUUGGCUCUUCCCGUGCCGUCGAGGUGGAACAGUGCCGCUGUCCCGAGGGCUAUUUGGGUCUCUCUUGUGAGCAGUGCGCUCCUGGCUAUGCCCGCGAUCCGGAGGGCGGCAUUUAUCUGGGACUCUGCCGGCCUUGUGAGUGCAAUGGACAUUCCAAAUAUUGCAACAUCGAUACCGGCGACUGCGAAGAAUGCUCUGACAACACCGAAGGACCAAGCUGUGAGCGAUGCGCUGCAGGAUAUGUGGGUGAUGCCACCCGUGGAACCAGCUACGACUGCCAACCCGAUGAGGGCUACCCGCCCCCGCGUCCUCCGGCACCCGGCAACCAGACGUUGGAAUGCACGGCCUAUUGCCAGAUAGAGGGCAUCUACAAUUGCCGCGGCAGCGAGUGUCUGUGCAAGAGGAAUGUGAUUGGUGACCGUUGCGAUCAGUGUCGCCCCGGAACCUAUGGACUGACCGCUCAAAAUCAGGAUGGCUGCAAGGAGUGCUACUGCUCUGGAGUGGCCAGCCAGUGUCGUUCGGCAGCUCUGUACCGCCAGCUUAUACCGGUGGACUUUAUUCUUAACGCACCGUUGAUUACAGACGAGAACGGAGUUGUGGCGGACACGGAGAACCUAAUUCCCGACAUAUCUAGGAAUAUGUAUACUUACGCGUAUACCUCCUACCUGCCCAAGUACUGGAGUCUCAGGGGAAGCGUGCUGGGCAACCAGCUAUUCUCGUACGGCGGCCGCCUGGCGUACAGUCUAAUAGUGGAGUCGUUUGGCAACUAUGAGCGUGGCCACGAUGUGGUGCUCAUUGGCAAUGGAUUGAAGCUCAUCUGGUCUCGACCCGAGGGAAAUGAGAAUCAGGAGGAAUACAAUGUACGACUGCACGAAGACGAGCAAUGGACCCGCCAGGAUCGUGAAUCGGCCCGACCGGCUUCUCGCUCCGAUUUCAUGACUGUGCUCUCGGAUCUGCAGCACAUCCUAAUCCGAGCCACACCCAAAGUGCCCACGCAAAGCACUUCGAUCGGCAAUGUCAUUCUGGAGAGUGCGGUGACCACUAGGACGCCGGGAGCUACGCAUGCUUCCGACAUCGAGUUGUGCCAGUGCCCAGCCGGAUACUCGGGCACUUCCUGUGAAUCCUGCGCACCGCUCUACUACCGCGAUGCCAGCGGAUCCUGCAGCCUAUGUCCGUGCGAGGCUUCCAACACGGAGUCCUGUGACUUGGUCAGUGGCGGCUACGUUGAAUGUCGUUGCAAGGCGCGUUGGAAGGGCGAUCGGUGUCGCGAGAUCGACACAUCGCCCAUUAUCGAAGAACCGCCCCAGAUAUGUGAUUUAAGCAGGGGAUUCUGUUGCAGCGGCUUUCAGUUUGAUAUCGCACCGAAUGAGACAAUCUCGUUCAAUGACACACUGCAGAUAUAUAAGGGCAACAGAAUCAUAGGAAAUAUGACCAAGCUGCGCUACGGCUGUCCAUCGCGAGACACCAACGAUCCAACCGAUGCCGGCACCGACGAUCCCCUGCUCACCCAGAUUAUCGUGUUGAUUCAAAAGCCGGAGAUCACCAUUGUGCCAGUGGGCGGCUCCAUGACCCUCAGCUGUAGCGGUCGAAUGCGCUGGAGCAAUAGUCCAGUCGUCGUCAACUGGUACAAGGAGAACAGUCGCCUGCCAGAGAAUAUUGAAGUCCGAGGCGGUGAUCUGUAUCUGUACGACCUGCAGAUCAGCGAUUCUGGCGUCUACAUCUGCCAGGCCGUCAACAACGAAACUGCCAUCGUGUCUAAGGACUCUGUAUCCAUUACCAUAACCAGAUAUGCCCAGGAAAUGCUGGCACGCUACGAGAAAGACCAGCUUUCACCGGCCGAGAUUGUGAAUUUGCCGAGCCAAGUGACAUUCGAGGAAUACGUAACCAACGAGAUCGUCUGCGAGGUGCUCGGCAACCCACCACCCAGAGUCACGUGGGCGCGAGUGGACGGCCAUGCGGAUGCGCAAAGUACCCGGACAUACGACAACCGUUUGAUCUUCGAUUCGCCAAGGAAAUCGGACGAGGGUCGCUAUCGCUGCCAGGCGGAAAAUGAACAGAACCGUGAUGAGAAGUACGUGGUCGUCUAUGUUCAGAGCAAUCCUCCCCAGCCACCGCCGCAGCAGGAUCGCUUAUACAUCACACCGGAGGAGAUCAACGGCCUCGCCGGCGAAUCCUUCCAGUUGAAUUGUCAAUUUACAAGUGUUGCCUCUCUGCGCUACGAUUGGUCCCACGAUGGUCGCUCCCUUUCUUCGUCGCCCGCCCGAAAUGUUCAGAUCCGUGGCAAUGUCCUGGAAGUUCGCGAUGCCAGCGAACGCGACUCCGGCGUCUACACUUGUGUGGCCUAUGAUGUCCGCAGCCGGCGCAACUUCACCGAGAGCGCCCGUGUUAACAUCGAGCGACGUGAGGAACUACCACUUGGCAACAAACCGAUCAUCGAGACCUUGGAGCAGAAUAUCAUGAUCAUCCAGGGCGAGGACUAUAGCAUCACCUGCAAGGCCAGCGGAUCGCCAUAUCCCACGAUCAAGUGGGCUAAGGUGCACGACUAUAUGCCCGAAAAUGUCCACAUCAGUGGCAACGUGCUGAGCAUCUAUGGCGCGCGAUUCGAGAAUCGUGGUGUCUACUCCUGCGUGGCCGAAAACGCCCACGGAUCCGAUUUGUCCAGCACAAGUAUCGACAUUGAACCCCGGGAGCGGCCGAGUUUAAAGAUUGUAUCGGACGCCCAGCAAACAUUUUCGGUUGGCGCCCCGGCAUCCCUCUACUGCAGGGUAGAGGGCAUUCCCGAGCCGACCAUCGAAUGGGUUCGCGUGGACGGCCAACCGCUGUCGCCGCGUCACAAGAUCCAGGCACCCGGCUACAUGGUGAUCGACGAUAUUCAGAUCCAAGACAGCGGCAACUACGAGUGUCGAGCUAAGAACAUAGUCGGCGAGGCGACCGGCGUGGCCACCAUUACCGUCCAGGAGCCAACUCUCGUACAGAUUGUGCCCGACAACCACGACCUCAGGCUAACGGAGGGCGAUGAACUCUCGCUGACCUGCGUGGGCAGCGGCGUCCCAAGCCCGGUAGUCGAAUGGGUUGAUGAAUUGGGCGGAAAACGGGAUCUGUACAGCCCCCCUAGCAAUACAGCAAUUUAUAAGAUCUACCGAGUGACCAAGGCGGAUGCAGGCAUAUACACCUGCCGUGGACAGAAUGAAGCGGGUAACGAUGAAGCUCACGUUCGCGUUACGAUUCAAGAAAGGCGCGGCGAUAUCGGAUCAGCCGAUGAUGAUUCUGAUCGGGAUCCCAGAACCUACAUUCCGUCACAACCCCAACACACUGGCAGCCAUCAGCCGAGCAGCAACCAACGCCUGCCCACUGACUUUGGCGACAAUGUCACCCUGACCUGCGACUUGUACCAAAACGUGAACACAAUAUGGGAGCGCGUCGACGGUUCACCACUGCCCCACAAUGCCUACACGGUGAAAAACAAGCUGGUGAUUGUGCGCGUGGAACAGCAGAAUUUGGGUCAGUACCGCUGCAAUGGAAUCGGUCGCGAUGGCAACGUGGAGGCCUAUGUAGUUAGGGAGCUGGUCCUUCUGCCCCUGCCCAGGAUCAGGUUCUACCCGAAUAUACCGCUGACCGUAGAGCUGGGCCAGAACUUGGACGUGCACUGCCAGGUGGAGAACGUGCGUCCGCAGGACGUCCAGUGGAGCACCGACAACAAUCGACCACUGCCCAGUUCGGUUCGCAUCGUGGGCAGCGUCCUGCGCUUCGUGUCCAUGACACAGGCGGCCGCCGGCGAAUACCGCUGCUCCGCCUCCAAUCAGUAUGGCAACCGAUCAGAGCUCGCAAGGGUGGUGGUAAAGAAGCCCGCCGUUUUCCAGCUGGUUCCGCAGUCCCAGGUGCAACAGCAUCGCGAAGGUGAAAGCAUUCAACUGCAGUGCAGUCUUACCACUCAGUACGGCGGCAAUGUUCAGUUCAACUGGUUCCGCUACGACGGAAGUGCCCUGCCGAACAACGCCCGCCCGGAUAGCCAGGUGCUGGUGCUGACCAAUUUGCGACCCGAGGAUGCGGGCCGCUACAUCUGCAACUCGUACGACGUGGACCGAAGGCAGCAAUUGCCCGAAGUCUCCAUCGACUUGCAAGUACUAAGAGUUACUCCCCAGUAUCCUUACAAUCGGUACAAGGGCGGUGUCUCCCUGAAGGACACGCCCUGCAUGGUUCUGUUUAUUUGUGCAGACUUCAAGAGCAGCAAACUCUCCGCCACGAAGCCCAUCAUUUCCGGAGCAGCCACGACUCGACCUCCACCUACUUCGUACAUCUGCCAACCCAGUGACUUCAAGUGCGUUUCGCAUCCGCACACUUGCGUCCGAGCCAACAUGGUGUGCGACGGGAUGUACGACUGCACGGAUCACUCGGACGAGUUCAACUGCAUCGCCGGCAAGGGAAGCAGCAAAUCCGGAUCCAGCUCGGGAUCGGUGAACUUUAAGCGCUGGAAGAAGAUCCCAGGGCAAGGGCAAAGAAGCAGGAGCAGGAGCAUUAGCCUGAUGAAGGCCAUUAAGGAUCGGAAGCUGAGGAAGCGCAGCUCCGCGGCCACCCCGCCACCCAACAGCCCCAUCUACCUGCCGCCGCAAUUACCAGGAAAGAGCCGCGACUACAGCCUCAAACUGGAUGAGCAGUCCUCGAACCUGCGAGCAGGUGAGUCCACCGAAGUCGAGUGCUACUCCACCGAUGACACCUACACGGACGUGGUGUGGGAGCGAUCUGACGGUACUCCACUCAGCAAUAACAUCCGGCAAGUGGGAAAUCGUCUGGUAAUCAGUAAUGCGGCGCCAAGCGAUGCCGGUAACUAUGUGUGCAAGUGCAAGACGGAUGAAGGAGAUCUGUAUACCACCAGCUACAAACUUGAGGUCGAGGAUCAGCCACAUGAACUCAAGAGUUCCAGGAUUGUCUACGCCAAGGUGGGCAACAACGCCGUUUUGCCCUGCGGAGCCGAUGAAAGUCGUCAACCCACCUACCGCUGGUCCCGCCCACAUGGUCAACUUCAAGCGGGACGCAAUCUAUUGAACGAAAAACUGUCGCUGGACAGUGUGCAGGCAAACGACGCCGGUACGUAUGUUUGCACCGCCGCAUACGGCGAUGGCGAGACGCUGGACUUCCUCAACAUCCUGGUUGUGAGAGGGGCGAUUCCCCAGUUCCGGCAAGAACCCCGCAGCUACAUGAGCUUCCCCACGCUACCAAACUCUUCGUUUAAGUUCAACUUCGAGCUGACUUUCCGGCCGGAAACAAGCGACGGUCUCCUGCUGUUCAACGGACAAACCCGCGGAAGUGGCGACUAUAUCGCACUAUCGCUCAAGGAUCGCUAUGCGGAGUUCCGGUUUGAUUUUGGUGGCAAGCCGAUGCUGGUGCGAGCUGAGGAACCACUGGCGCUGAAUGAGUGGCACACGGUUCGCGUAAGUCGCUUCAAAAGGGAUGGAUACAUCCAGGUAGACGAACAACAUCCGGUGGCCUUCCCCACCCUGCAGCAGAUACCGCAACUGGAUCUGAUCGAAGAUCUGUAUAUUGGCGGAGUGCCCAACUGGGAGCUCCUGCCCGCCGAUGCUGUUAGCCAGCAAGUUGGCUUUGUGGGCUGCAUCAGUCGCUUAACCCUGCAAGGACGCACCGUGGAACUGAUCCGGGAGGCCAAGUUCAAAGAGGGCAUCACCGACUGCCGACCAUGUGAGCAUGGUCCUUGCCAAAAUAAGGGCGUCUGUUUGGAGAGCCAGACCGAGCAGGCCUACACCUGCAUUUGCCACCAGGGAUGGACUGGUAAGGAUUGUACCAUUGAGGGCACCCAGUGUACGCCCGGAGUCUGUGGCGCCGGACGCUGCGAGAAUACGGAGAACGACAUGGAGUGCCUGUGCCCGCUGAACCGAUCCGGAGAUCGAUGCCAGUAUAAUGAGAUCUUGAACGAACACAGUCUCAACUUUAAGGGCAACAGCUUUGCGGCCUAUGGAACUCCCAAAGUCACCAAAGUCAACAUCACGCUCUCCGUUCGUCCGUCAAGUUUGGAGGACUCCGUGAUUUUAUAUACGGCAGAAUCCACUUUGCCCAGCGGCGAUUACCUGGCACUGGUACUACGCGGUGGCCACGCGGAGCUCUUAAUAAAUACGGCGGCUCGUUUGGAUCCUGUGGUGGUGCGAUCUGCGGACCCCCUGCCCCUAAAUCGCUGGACAAGAAUCGAGAUCAGACGUCGCCUGGGCGAAGGAAUCCUACGAGUGGGCGACGGACCAGAGCGAAAGGCGAAGGCCCCAGGUUCCGAUCGAAUUUUGUCCCUUAAAACCCACCUCUAUGUGGGCGGCUACGAUCGCUCCACAGUCAAGGUUAACCGUGACGUGAACAUCACUAAGGGCUUCGAUGGCUGCAUCUCCAGGCUUUACAACUUCCAAAAACCUGUUAAUCUCCUAACGGACAUCAAGGAUGCCGCAAAUAUCCAGAGUUGUGGGGAGACAAAUAUGAUAGAAGGCGACGAGGAUACCGACAACGAGCCACCAGUUCCGCCUCCAGCUCCAGCUGUUCACGAGAAUGAACUUCAACCAUAUGCGAUGGCACCGUGUUCCAGCGAUCCGUGUGAAAACGGAGGAAUCUGCACUGAACAAGAGGACGUGGCCGUAUGCGCCUGUCCUGUUGGAUUCAGUGGAAAACACUGUCAGGAGCACCUUCAACUGGGCUUCAAUGCCUCGUUCCGAGGCGAUGGGUACGUUGAGCUGAAUCGAAGCCACUUCCAACCCGCUUUGGAGCAGUCCUACACUUCCAUUGGCAUCGUCUUCACCACCAACAAGCCGAACGGUCUGCUGUUCUGGUGGGGCCAAAAGGCUGGAGAGGAGUAUGACGGACAGGACUUCAUAGCCGCCGCGGUGGUUGAUGGCUAUGUAGAGUACUCGAUGAGGCUUGAUGGCGAGGAGGCGGUGAUCCGGAACAGCGAUAUCCGCGUGGACAACGGGGAGCGACACAUUGUGAUCGCUAAACGGGACGAAAACACCGCCAUGCUAGAGGUCGAUCGCAUGCUGCAUUCGGGUGAAACUCGACCCACCAGCACAAGGGCGAUGAAGCUGCCGGGCAAUGUUUUUGUCGGUGGCGCUCCUGACAUCGAGGUGUUUACGGGUUCCCGAUACAAGCACAAUUUGAACGGCUGCAUAGUGGUCGUCGAGGGCGAAACUGUGGGCCAAAUUAAUCUUAGUUCUGCUGCUGUUAACGGAGUGAAUGCCAACGUCUGUCCCGCUCUAUGGAGUCCCUCUAGCCUUGUGCACCACGAGAUCGGCAUUGAUGUAGUUAUGGACAGCCACGUGACCGGCAAGGAUAUCAGUUUCUUCGACGAGCUGGAUCAACCACCACCGGUGCAUAUCCUAUAUCCGCGUCCCAAAAUCAACGACUUUCCCACCAACAAGGCCUCUCGACUGGUACUACCGCUAUCACUUGCCCUAUCGAUACUGCUCUUGAGUUGUCGGCUAUCGGUGAUAUGCUUGUGUCUAUUGCCCGCUCCCAGCUAAGCUAUCCAGGGUUGCAACGGAAAUGACAUCGAAUCAUGAGGCGAAAUCCGUAAUCGCCAUCAGUUUAAUGAGGCAACUGUACCCCUUACUUAAACAUAAAAAGACUAUUGCUCCAUUUUUGUUAACCUAAAAGAAGGGCGGCUAUGACAAUUCUCAAGUCCAUGAGGCAAUAUAAUAUUUGAGCUGUUUUAGCUAGAUUAUUUGGAGCCCAAUACCUAUUAUUUGAAAAACUUAAAGUGUACUUCAACUUAUAAUGUUUUAACUUUCAAUGAAAAUUUUGUAGAAAUGUAUCUGCUUAUAGAAAGUGUUUAAUUACAAGCAGUACAAUAUUUAAUACCAUUUCAAUAUCUCUUACUUUUCGUAAGUUGUUCCUUUUUGAAAUAUAGAACAAAUGUCAUAGCUGCAUAUCCUAAUCCAUUUACAAUAUAGUAAAAUACAUUCGAAAGUGUUACCGUUGGAAUUAUCGUGCCAUAUCAUUGCAGAAUAUCAUGUUAUAUUAUACAAAGUAUAUUAGAACGACAGCCGGAUAAAGGAAAUAUAUAAUCGACUACUUUAAGCUAUCAUAAAGGAUAUUAAAUACAUAAGCAUUUUUUUUCCUAGUCAAAUAGUUAGCACCGAAUCAUACAUAUGCGGAGUUCACACAUAUGGUAUUGUUACAGAUCCUAUCUCUUAUUAGCCAAUUCUAGCUGGAUGGUACUUGUUUCGUAGCCAAGCUCAGGUCACACAACUCUAAAGCUACAUAUAUAUUUGAUCACAUCCGAACACCAGUUAUCUAUAGGUAGAAAACUCUUGCAUAGAUAGUUCAACGUAAACACAUCCUAUAGGAAAAACCCUUAAAACGGAUAUCUGUGCACUCUAUCCUCAGAUGAUAAGGUAGCUCUAGCUCGAUGUACUCGAAACGUAUUCUGCUUUGUGACCAUAUAUAUAAACUCUAUUAUUCUAAUUACCAAUAAGAUUAGGGGAUAGCUUGUUUCAGUUUGUCACGGGGAGAAUCCCAAUAUACAACAGGACAGUUAUAUAAUUACAUUCAUUUUAACCCGAUCUCAAAAAUUGACUUCGUUAUUAUUUGAUCUAGCUGUGUAUUAUCCAAGUUUUAUAGCUAGGUGUUCUUAUAAAGAUGAAUAGUUCUGGGAUGCGCAGUUGUUCAAUUAUUAUUAUAUAAAUGUCAUGUUAGAAGUUGUGUGUAUUUAAAUUUCUAUUGACAUUGAGUGUACGAAGAAAACCAAGGUUCUUCUUCGCAUUGAGGCAAAGUCUGAAAAUUAAGUUUGGCGAAGCUUUUAUUAAAUAUAUUUAUUUAUUUCGAUCUUUGAAUCAAGAGUUUUUAUUUUCCUUAUUUAUUUAUAUUUUCUUUCUUUUCUUCAUUUUAUUUGAUUAGUGACGACGAUCCACUGGGAGGA